AUGAAGGCUAUGGCAUAUUUUGCACCCACCCGCGCGUCUACCCCUCCGAGGCCACCCAGCUUUGCUAGUACACCGACUGUCGCUCACCACUCUACUGCUGUUUCGGAUCUCUCCCGCUCGUCUGCAGUUUCUACUUCUGAGCUCGCAAGCUUAACCCCAAACGAGAUUGAGUUUAUUGACGCUGUCAUCAGCCGCGCAUCACCAUCGGCCACCACUUUUCUGUCCAUCUUCAAGGCAUAUAAUGACGUACUGCACGAGAGGGGACUAGAUCCCCAAAACGAAGUUGUCUAUUACGGGAAGCUGCUGAAGUUGGGCACUCUGAAGGGUCAGAAUUGGGGGGACAAAUGGAAUGCGGUCAAACUUCAGCAUGGGUACGUAGCGAACUCCACAGCGCCCUCACGGGCAGCGGCCACAGGCAGGACGAGCAGGCCUAUUAUGAAGCAGAGUCGUCCAGCGCAGGAAGCUGUUACAACCAACGAUCCCGCCGCUCGAUUGCUCAUGCGAUUACGGACGCUGCAGCAUGGGAACACUCCCAAAGCCCUGGAGACAUAUCCUCCAGAUGAUACGGAGAUGACGCCUACCGAAGUCACUGACGAGACGGAGCUGGACGUUCAUCAUCACCAUGUCCCUUCUCAACUGCACCGCAGAAGGCAGCCCUCCCCCUCCCAAAUGACCGCCACUACCUCGAACUCUGUGGACAUUGGCAAAGUUUCGAGUCACCCUACUCCUCAGCCGGUGCCAAUCCGGCCUAUGCGCCAUGUCUCGCGUUGGCCUUCAAGAGACUCAGAAACCAUUGAUACUGCGGAGUCAAUAUCAACAACGCCACCAUCUUAUAAGACAACUGUCCGUGAUGUCAAAUCUUCCAUCGCUGUUCCUAAAGUGGCCCCAGCUCGAGCAAAAUCUCAGAUCGGAACAUAUGCUCCUUCCUCAAGGAUCGCCCCCGUCGAUCCCCCUCGAGCUCAACCGAAACGUGCGAGCGCUAUCGACGAAGAUAACGCAUGGAACAAGAUCAAGAUGGCUCAAGACGAGAGGGAAGCAGACCUGUUCAGGGAAGAAAGGCUAGUCGAACGGUGUUGGGAGGUUUGGAAACAAGGGCUUGACUGGAUCAUAACUACUAGCGAGCAAAUUGCACAAGCUCGCGAUACGCUCAUCCUCAGACUCACCGUGCAAAAAUGGCACAUGCGUCUGCUAGCUCUUCGAGAUCUGGACCAGCGCGUGCAAACCCUUUCUGACAAAAAAUGCCUCAAGGCCGCUCUCACCGUUUGGCAAAACAAGCAUAUACUCAAAAAGCAGGCCAUGUGGCGAGAUGAGAUGAGGAAUAAGAUGAAGCUCAUUCGAGAGAAGAGGGAGAGCAAGUUACAGAAGGACGCAUGGGCGAAAUGGCGGCAGUUGUACCAAUCUCACUUGUCUAGGCAGCAUUACACCGAGCGUUUGGUCCUUCGACUCUUCAACCUAUGGAAGCAGAAAUUGGCUCGGAUUGAUGGCCUGGAAGGAAAAAUCGAUGGCUAUGUGAAGACAAGAGAGAAGAGCGUCGUUGCAAGGAGCUGGGAUAUGUGGAGAAGGGCUGCUGAUUUGAAGAAUCUGGAGGCCGCCCUUGCCGCUCGCGUCUCGACACAAAUCGCAAGAGACGCAUUGGGUAAAUGGAAACAGCAAAUGCAACUCCGUACCGCAGACGCAUUCUAUGAUGUCCUAGUCCAGAAGAGCGCAAUGCGACGAUGGAAAGCUUCACAAAACCAGAUCCGAGCCCUGGAAAGACGUGCAGACAAGCACGUUGCUCGUCAAGAGGACGUUCUGGUGCGUGCCGUAGCGAGAGUUUGGAAAGCUCGCGAACGUGGGCAGCUACUGGAGCGAGUCAAGAUCACUAGGUCCCUGAAACAAGCUUGGGCGGUCUGGACGAAACAGUUGCAGCGGCAAAAGGAGCUGGAAGACCAAGCAAUUGCGUUUUCUAUGCGCACCAACUCUUCUACUGCAGUUUCAGCAUUGGCUGUGUGGAAGCAGCGAUUGAUGAGCCAUCACAAUUCCGCAGCGUUUGCUGCCCAAUAUCACACCGCUCAGCUGCAGUUCAGAACAAUGUUUACUUGGCGGCUACAACUCAGGGCCAUGCUGAAACUUCAGCGACAAGCAAGACUUGCUGAGAAGUUUUUCGUCAUGCGAAAAGCUUGGAAGGCGUGGAUGCAGAAGCGGGACGAACAGAGACGAGAGAAGAUGCUCAAGGAGUAUGAGCGGCAGAAGGCAAAGAGGAUGUUCCAGGACUGGUCGCAACUGGCUUUCCGUAGACGACACCAUAGACUGGCGGAGGAAGAACUUCGAAGUCGCAUCACCACUCGCACUUUGAGUGGAGUCCUUAGCAGAUGGACUAAUCGCGUCAUUGAGAUCAAGCUGCGCGAGCUAGAGGUUGCGCAGAGUAAUGAUAGGGCAUUAGUCACAACCGCAUUCAAGAAAUGGAAGGGUGUAUGCAUACGACACGUCGAAGAGCUUAGUCUCAUGGAAAGCUACCAAGACGUCAAACGUGAAGGCAAGUUUUCAAUCUGUCAACAAAACAUGCGACGCAUGUUCUACAAAUGGCUGGCGGCCGCACGGACAGCUCAUAAUAGACGUGUAGUCUUGCAAGAAAAUGAAAAAGAGAUGCAACGUUAUCGUCUAGCAGCUGCCUGGGAUAAAUGGAGAGGGCGCUUCCAGGGUGAACGGCUCCGACCCAUUGAACGAACCUUCCUCUUGCAGAACCAGAAUGCCCUUCUGUAUCGGACUUUCGUCACAUGGCAUUCCAAGACCAAGUCGCUUCCGGCCGUGCGCUUCCAUGCAACAUACACCAAGGCCAGGUUUUGGAGAGUGUGGCGUGCGGCCAUGCCACGCGCGCUACAGGCCAAGGAAGCUCGGGAGAAAGAUAAGAAGACUGUUCUUGCGAAAGCCUUUGAGAAGUGGGUGCAAGCCCAUCGGACGAAGAUCGCUCUCAGAGCUGUCGCCCGCGCACGAUACAUGCGUCUCCCUACCGCCGCACCCCGACAGAGCGUACAACCAGCCUUACCUCGUUCCCUCGCACCACCUUCCUCUCGCCCCUCAUUCCCACGCAAGCCGGCGCCCGGCACCGACCCAGAAGCUACCGACACUGAUGCUGACGCCGAUACCGAAGUCGAGGUCCCGCGACCCGCGUCUCCCAUACAGCCACGACCGAAACAUGUCGGCGCGCGCGCUGGCAUUGCCAGCCUUUUGUCUUCACGCGCGCGGACCGGGCGCAAUGCUGAGCGGAGCCCCACGCGUCCACGAUUUUCAGCCCGAAGCACUGGUGCUCGCGACAGUAGCCCCGGGCGGUCAGUGGGGGCGACGAGGGAUCCGAGCCCUACGCGCACAGCGCCGAUCUCGGCGUCGGGGGAGCGGGGAAGCCUCUGGACGGAGCUUCGGGAGAUCCGGAGGAGGUCACGGACACCUACAGUGAGGGGUCGUUCCCCCAGUCCUCUGAGCCCAUGA